CCUUCUCCUGCCCAUCUGCUUUCAGUAGAGGAAUGUUCCGGGUGCUCCAGCCUUAGACUGCAGCGGCCAGUCUGCAGCGAGAUGGGCUCAGAGGAUCGCAGUUCAGCAGCCAUGUCACAAAAGAUAUCCUCGGUGUCACGCAGCAACAGCAGCUCCUCGUCCAAACUGGACAGCCGACAGGACAGUUGGGAAAUAGUGGAGGGUCUUCGAGGAGGCUUCAGCAAUGUCCUGGAGCCCCAGAAACAGGAGGGCUACAUGCUCAAGAGGAGAAAGUGGCCGAUGAAGGGCUGGCAUAAGAGGUACUUCUUCCUGGACAAGGGCAUCCUGAAGUAUGGAAAGUGCAGUGCUGAUAUUGAGAAAGGGAAACUGCAUGGCUGCAUUGACGUGGGCCUCUCUGUCAUGGCCAUUAAGAAGAAAGCCAAGUGCAUCGAUCUUGAUGCUGAGGAAAACAUUUAUCACCUGAAGAUUAAGUCCCAGGAGCUGUUUGAUGAAUGGGUUGCCAAGCUGCGCCACCAUCGACUCUAUCGGCAAAAUGAGAUUGCCAUGUACCCUACUGACAAGUCCUUCUACUAUCCCCACUACCCCUCCGCCAACUCCCCUAGCAUGGCGGAGGGUGCCUCCAUCAGAAAGUGCAUGUCUAUGCGCAGACAGUCCACAGUGCAUUCUGCAGGAGCCUUCCCAUUAAACUGCAGCAGCCAGGCCAAAGUAGCCGCCUGGCUCCAGUCAUCUGACGACAUGGACAACUGCUCCAAAGACUUGUCAGUGUGUGACGCCUACCUGCUGGAGCUCAACCACCUGCUUCAGAGUAUGGAAGUCCUGCACCGCACCUAUUCUGCUCCAUCAAUCCAAGCACUGCAGGCAUCUACGUUUGACAGCCAGAAAAAGGAAAAGAGACUUCCAAAGAAAUGGCGCACUAAAAACUACAACAAAGAUGUCAAAGCAACUCUGCAGGUGCCGAGCUGCAUCUCCUCUAGCUCUGUGCGCCUCCACGCCUCAAACCCCAACCUCUCCACCGCUGCGCUCGCCAACGACAAGGCGGACACCGAAUCGCUGGAUUCAGCUUUUGACGUGACCAAGCUGCAGGAGGACUUCUGUCGCGUUGCUGCCAACUUUCAUGCAACCAUGAAGACGACCCUGAAUACACUAACAUCUGAACGAGAGAGAUUAAAACAAUGUGUGGACCACGAAACAAUUCCCCCUACCUCUCCUCAGGUUGUCGGUUUGAAGAACGCUCUGACAACGAAACAGGAGUCUGCUGAUGAAUCCCUUCCACUCGUACAUCAAGUCUCCAAUGACAGCAGAGCUUCAAUCACAGAGUCUUUGUCCGAGUUCUUCGAUGCACAGGAAGUUCUGCUGUCUUCUAGUUCCUCAGAAAAUGAGGCGUCGGAGGAUGACUCAUACAUUAGUGACAUCAGUGACAACAUUUCCAUGGACAACUUCUGCAACGAGACAGAAUGUGAGAGACCAAACUCAGGCUCUGCGGAAGAAGGCACUGUCCUUUAUCAGCGUAGAUCCUGCCUGCCCUCGCCCAGCCCAAACAACAGCUCCAUCAGCCUGUGGAACAUCCUCAGGAACAACAUCGGCAAAGACUUGUCCAAAGUGGCGAUGCCUGUACAGCUGAAUGAGCCGCUGAACGCCCUGCAGAGACUGUGUGAGGAGCUGGAGUACAGCGAGCUGCUGGACAGGGCUGCUAACACACAGGACCCUUUUGAACGUAUGGUAUACAUAGCUACAUUUAUUGUAUCGGGCUAUGCAUCCAGCUACUACAGAACAGGGGGAAAGCCUUUUAACCCUCUCCUGGGAGAGACGUACGAAUGUGACCGGCCAGAUAAAGGCUUUACAUUUGUUGCAGAGCAGGUGAGCCAUCACCCGCCGAUCUCAGCUUGCCACGCAGAGUCUAAAAACUUCAUCUUCUGGCAAGAUGUGAGGUGUAAGAACAAGUUCUGGGGGAAAUCAAUGGAGAUUCUUCCUGUUGGCACCACUCAUGUAACUCUGCCGGGAUUUGGAGACCACUAUGAGUGGAACAAGGUGACGUCCUGCAUCCACAACAUUCUCAGUGGACAGCGCUGGAUUGAACAUUAUGGAGAGAUCUCCAUCAGAAACUCCAGCAGUGAUAUUUGUCAAUGCAAGAUCACUUUUGUUAAGGCCAAAUACUGGAAUUCAAGCGUGAAUGAGGUGGAGGGAGUUAUCACGGAUAACAAAGGGAAGGUCAUCCACAGACUCUUUGGAAAGUGGCAGGAAGCUGUUUUCUGUGGAGACCCUCCCUCAGCCAAAUGUAUCUGGAGAGCAAAUGCAAUGCCAGCAGACCUUGAGCAGUACUAUGGCUUCACCAAGUUUGCUAUUGAGCUGAACGAGCUGGAUCCCCCCCUGAAGCUGCUGCUACCCCCCACCGACACCAGACUACGCGUGGACCAAAGGUACAAGAUCAAAACAAAUUGUGUUUUCAUGCACUUAAAUUACAUAGUUAUUGAUAACCUGAAUACUUAAAUACUUUUUUUUGAC